AUGGCCAUCCCCAAACUCUCAACAAUCACCUUCAUAACAUCCAACAGAAACAAAAUCGCCGAAGUCACCCAGAUCCUGGGCGACGCGAUCAAAGUCGAGAUCCGCGCGCUCGAUCUCCCCGAGAUCCAGGGGACAACGGAGGAGAUUGCGAGGGAGAAAUGUCGAAGGGCUGCCAUUGCGGUCAACGGUCCUGUCCUCGUUGAAGACAGCUCUCUGGAAUUCCAUGCGUUGAAUGGAUUGCCGGGACCGUAUAUAAAAUGGUUCUACUCCGCCCUCGGCAACGACGGCCUGAACAACCUUCUCGCCGCCUACGACGAUAAAUCCGCCACGGCCGUCUGCACCUUCGCCUUCUCGCGGGGACCGGGCGUCGAGACACUCCUGUUCCAGGGCCGCAAUACGGGGCGGAUCGUGCCCAAGAGAGGGUCGAAUGGGUUUGGUGCGCUUCUUCCUUACAUACCCUUUCCGUCUGUUGUUGAUUUAUUGGUUCUGAGUGGUUCUUACUGGUUGGUUGCAUGCUACAGCUUUCGAUCCCAUUUUUGA